AUGGCUCAGCACCAGCAGCCGUCGCCCACGACGGGCAUCCCGCCGCAUCAUGUCGGCCCUCCGCAUCCAGCGCACGCCCAGGUCAACGGCCAUCCGCCGCACGCCAAUCAGCCCAAGACGUCGUCGCAAUACCUCGGCCAGCUGACCGAGGCCGUCUGGACGCAAAUGGGCUCCCUCUCUGAGCAGAUGCAAGACUACGAUGGCGCUAUGCAAUGCUACGAACAGGCCUUGAAGUUCAACCAAUGGUCCGUGCCGGCUAUGCAAGGCAUUGCCUGUAUUCUGCGCACCAAGGACGCCUUCCCAGCUGCUGUCGAGUAUUUGCGCACUAUCCUAAAGGUCGAUCCUGCGAACGGGGACGUCUGGGGUAGCCUCGGUCAUUGCUAUCUGAUGAUGGACGAUCUGCAGCAGGCCUACUCGGCCUAUCAACAAGCUCUCUACCAUCUCUCGGAUCCCAAGGAGCCUAAGCUGUGGUAUGGCAUUGGCAUUCUUUACGAUCGCUACGGGUCCUUGGAACACGCCGAAGAAGCCUUCUCGCAAGUGAUGCGCAUGGAGCCCACGUUUGAGAAGGCCAACGAGAUCUAUUUUCGCCUCGGUAUCAUUUACAAGCAACAGCAGAAGUUCAACCAGAGUCUGGACUGCUUCAAAUACAUCGUCACCAAUCCACCGCGACCACUGACGGAAGAAGACAUAUGGUUUCAGAUUGGCCACGUCUAUGAGCAGCAGAAAGAGUUCGAAGCUGCAAAGGGCGCUUACCGGCGGGUGCUUGAGCGUGAUCCCAAUCAUGCCAAGGUGCUCCAACAGCUGGGGUGGUUACACCACCAGCAAAGCACCAACUAUGCCAGCCAAGAGCAGGCUAUUGAAUAUCUCGAAAAGUCUGUUGCUUCUGAUCAAACCGAUGCACAGAGCUGGUAUUUACUCGGCCGCUGUUACAUGUCACAACAAAAGUAUCCAAAGGCGUACGAGGCGUACCAGCAGGCAGUGUACCGUGAUGGGCGGAACCCGACUUUCUGGUGCAGCAUAGGUGUGCUAUAUUACCAAAUCAAUCAGUACCGUGACGCGCUCGACGCGUACUCCCGUGCGAUCCGUUUGAAUCCCAACAUUUCCGAGGUCUGGUAUGACUUGGGCACACUCUACGAGUCAUGCAACAACCAGACUGCAGACGCUCUGGACGCCUACCAGCGUGCCGCCGACCUGGAUCCUUCCAAUGUACAUAUCAAGGCUCGUCUUCAACUGCUGCAGAAUGGCCAAACCUCUGCCGGCGCUCCCAACCAAGGAAACGCUCCCAUUCCCCAAGACGUCCACCCACAGGCCUACCAACCUGCGUCUGUUCAUGGACCUGCUGCGCCGCAGUGGGGCGCACCUCAACCACAGCAAGCACCUCAAGGCCCUGCGCCGCCGGCCCUCGCAGCCAGUGGUUGGGAUAGGCCGUUGGCGCAGAUUCGCGAUCCCGGUCUUCCGCCACAGCAAUUAAACCCCUAUGAACAGCGCGAGGGCAUCCGACCUCCAACCCAGCAUGCGCCCCAGAGGCCUGUGAGCCCUAGACCAGAGCCACCUCGUGCGUAUGCCGAACCCUCGCGGCCUCCAACCAAUGGCCCUGGUCCUCAAGGGCCUGUCGGUCCCCCGCCAGGUCCUGGAUCUAUGCGUCGGGGCAUGUCGCCCUCCCCCAAGACGCACCAUGUAGCUCCCAGCCCCUAUCAUCCGCCGCCGCCGCAGCUGACACCGCAAUCGUCUCAAGCGCCACCGCAACCGCCGAUUCAUCAACAACAACAACAACAACAACAACAACAACAACAACAACAACAACAACAACAACAACAACAACAACAACAACAGCAGCAGCAGCAGCAGCAGCCGCCGCCGCCGCCACCACCACCACCGCAACCCAACCGCAUCUCCAACCCCAACUACGGUCCUCAUCCUACCAGUGCGCCACCGCCACCGCCCCCACCACCUACUGGUCUCGGGGUUCCUGUGAAUCAAGGCCCAAGUCAGGGUCCGGUCCCUCCCUAUGGUCGUCCUGCUAGUCCCCCGCCCGAGGUUCGACCCAUUGUAGAGAAUCGAGGCAGCUCCCCUCGCAAUGGCUACCAAGGUCCCUAUCAGCAUCAUCCUGAUUCGUCUGCAAGCAGUGGUAUUGCAAGCGGAGCUCCUCCGCCAGCCUCGGCACUGGCUGCUGCCGAAGCCGCAGCACGCGAUCGUGACGACCGUCCGCCAACUGCACCAAAGAGACUUCGCGAGUGGGAAGAGAAUGAUCACGUGAAUCCGAAGCCUCCUACAAACGAUGAGAAGCGUCAGAAGUUAGAGGAGCCGCAUAGUCGUCGUCCAAGCCCUCCUCAUCGCCUAUCAUCGCCACAGGUACCACGUCACAGUCCUCAAGAUGUUUCUGAUCCUCGACGGUUCAAUGAUGGAUACCACCCAUCCGAGGCGGCUCACCAUCCUACCUCUCUACCGCCAAUAGGUGCUGCGCCUCCGCUAUCUCGCAUGUCCGAGACGCCGAAACAGGAACGUCCGGAGCACCAUGAGCCUGCGGCGCGACAUGUCGACGUGGAUGAGAACUACGAUGACGAGGGGGAUGAUGCUAAACCAAACCCUUCCAAAUCUGAGCGUGGGAGCCCGCGUAACGUGCCUUCGAAUGGUGUUCCUCAUGCACCCAACCCAGUCGAGCAGAAGUCAUAG